CAAAGCUCAGUAAACACAGACAUUCGUAACAUGGGCAGAAAUGAUUCAGUAGUAUGUAAAAGCAGCGGGCGGGGAUGCUGAAUGAACACUCGAAUCCAUUCUGAAUUAAUGAGAAAUGGUCGUUGAGGAGAGGGGAGCUCGGCCACAAACUGAGCAUUCAAUCAAAGAAACACAAACAACUCCACAAUGAAAGAUUUUGUCCUGUCAUUGCUGAGUCGUGGGUAUGGCCAGAUUGUGCCAAAUGAAGACGGUCACGAUGGAAGACUGGAGGUCUGUUUUGAACCAGAGGACUACUUCAACUGGAAAUCCCAGCCUCCACUGUUGCGUCUUACCAGCAGUGGCCGUUUUUUCGGAGGCCUGGAUCCAGUGCCUCCUAAGACCUAUAGUACGAGGAGAGGGCCUCUUAUUUUGUAUUCAGAGGAUCUUGCACUGGCAUACCGGUCUGGCCAGGUUAACAGGAAGAGAAAAGCUCUGAGUUGCCCAAAACAGGAAGUUGAGAAGCAGCUGCACACCCUACAAGACCUGACUGGAGCCAUUUUGGCCUUUGGAAAAAAUAAGUCAAAGGUUGGAUCUCUUGCCGGUGUAACGCACCCCUUAUUGCCAGAUACUAAACAUGCUAUACAGAACGUCAACAUGCGUCACAGACCUGGAGAUAAGAAUUCAAGCCAGGUUAAAGGAGAGAAAGCUGGACAGGUCAUAUACCAGCCACGUUUCCUGUGUUCCCCUCGGCCCAACAGGGCAGACGUGGGCCCUUUACCGCCCAUAACGGAUGUACAAAUCCAGGAGAAAUCUCAAGCUGCACCAGACGAACAAUUGGCCUUUAAGACAGGAAAGACAGGAAAAGACAGGAAAAGAGCAUUAAAGAGUCUCAGGAUAGCGGUUGAUACAUGCAGAGCUCACAUGAGUCCAAUCCCUGAGACAGAAGCGGCUCGGACAGAACCAGCACAUCAGACUCCAGAAACCAAAAAAACCACCCCUACAAUACUCCCACAUCAGAUCGACCAUCCUAAAGAUCUAAACGGCCGUGGGAAGCGCAGCCGGAUGGAGAGUGGAGGUGGUGUUGGAGAGACGUGCACUCUGAGGUCAGUGUAUGUGGAUUCGUCUCAGGAGUACAGCCCACUCUCACGGGUCAACUACUACGGUGGACACAUGGAGGGAUCCCGACAGAUGAGACAUUGUGGAGGCGAAACUCACAUGAGGAGAGUGAAUACAGAAACAGAUCCCAGCUUCACUGUCUUCCACUUACCACCCAUUAACCAGAGCCCACUGGUCAAGUCAGGCUCUGACAUUACUUUAACACUGAAUAAAACAGAUAUAAAAGAGAAAAAAAGCAGCUGUGAGAAUUUACCAAAACGGGAACUUCACGUACAUCUCCCUGAUAUCAAAGUGGGAACUGCACAUGAAAACCCCUCAGAGAGACGUGUGCACAGCAAAGUACUGCUGCUUUUCCCUGCACAAACAGAACAUGCAGACACCCAUCAGCCAGAUGAUGACCUUCAUAGGACCCCUGUUAAGGAGACUGAGCCGCGUUUGAAGCAUGCUUUGGGGCCAGACCAAAGAAAACAGGACCCUCUCUCUGACAACAAGUGCAGGAUUAUCGAGAUGGACCUCGGGCAUGUCAUGUGGUCUGAUGAACUAGAAAAAGGAGAUCAACAUCCCCCUCUUGGUCCACUGCCCCCUCUGGUGGGCCGGAGGGGUCCAGGUAAACAGAGCUCCAUGGCUGUGUACAGACAGAACCUACAUGACCCUGCAGACGAAACAGAAGGACAAACAGGGAACACUAGAGGUUGUCUUCCUUUGGAGCUCAGAGAAUGGCAGGGAGGCAAAGCGGUGGGCACCUUAAUAAUGGGUCCUGAUGGUGAAAUCAUACGCUUGUCUCUCUGGGAUCCCGCAGUUGACACUGAGGACCACCCAAUAAUGGCUGAUGUCACACAAGGUCACGUUCUUAAGGUUGUGACUUCUGAGGGAGAUUUGAAACAGCCUUGGACGAUCCUCAUACAGGACAACAACACAGAUGAAGAGGAAGACACAACAAGUAAUACUGAAGAAACUUUGAACACUGAACAGCUUGACUCCAGUCAUGAGGGGUUUAAGGUCAAUAAAACAGCAGAGAAAACGAAUGCCAAGAAGAAGCAGCAUCCAUUAGGUUCCCACAAUAAAACAGAUCGGAUGAGGCAGGUGUUUAAGAAGAACUCUCAUGAAGAAACUAAUGCAGAGGAGGAACAGGAGGAGGAGACGGAAGAGGAAGAAGAAGAAGAGGAGGAAGAGGAUGAGGAAGAGGAAGAAGAGGAUGAGGAAGAGGAAAAUGGUUUUGGCUCUGACAAUAAAUCUGUUAGUAAUGCACAGGUGUUUAGGGUGAAAGGUCGCGCACAACAGAAUAAUGCAGAGGAUGAUGAGGACGAUUUAGACUCUGACAGUCAGAUAAGUCAGAAAGAAAGGGUGAUAAAGGUCAGACCACGUGCAAAGCAGACUAAAGCCAAGAGGAAGGAGAAUCGUUUAGGUGCUGACAAUGAAAUAAGCCAGGAGAACCAGGUAUUUAAGGUCAAAGCACGUGCAAAGCAGACUAAUGCCAAGAGAGACGAUUGUUUAGGUGCUGACAGUGAAGUCAUCCAGGAGGAAGAGGUGUUUAAGGUCAGAUCGCGCAUCAACCAGACUAACAUCAAAAGGAAAGAUGAUUGUUCAGGUGCUGACAGUGAAAUCAUCCAUGAGGCACAGACGUUCAAGAUGAGAUCGCAAGCAAAGCAGACUAAAGCCAAAAGGAAGAAGGAUUGUUUCAGCUCUGACAGUGAAAUAAUUCAGGAUGAACAGGUCUAUUUACCUGAGGAGAGAUUAGAGGAAAUGAGCAGCUCCACGACUCACCGGCUCAACAAAACCGUUGUGAUUCUGCCCGCAGGAGAGGAGGUCACUGGGGUGCAAAGAAACCGAAAAGUAAAGACAACAACUUUACAGCCGGAAACAAAGGUGACACGGGGGUCAAGGAAGUCCAAAGGUGCUGCGCCUGAUAGGGCUAUCAGCCCUAAAUCAACACGAGCACAUUCACCAGAGUCUUUGUCUCCUGAAGGACAAGCAGAAAUCCAGGCUGGAUUACCAACGGAGGCAGAUUUUGACAGAAAAGGUCAUUCGAAGAACGCAGGUGGAAGAGAAGAUAUAGAACACACGCUGGUGGAGAAAGUGAAGAAAAAUAAAAAGUCUAAUAAGCAAACAGGCAAAUCAAAAGGGAAGAGUGUUCAAAUUCAUGAAGACAUUGAGACCCAGAAUAUCAGCAUUCCUGAUGAUUUCACAUCUACUUCAAUGAAAAAGAAAAAGAAAACAGGAAAAGAGAAAAAAGAAGACGCUAAAGAAAAAAAGGAAGAGAAUAUAAAAGCCCAGAACUCAACAGUUAAAGUUAAAACGAAAAAGGGUCAGCCAGCGUUUGUUGUAGGAAAACCUCGGCCACAGGACACUGAAUGGAUGGCAAAUCCAGCGAAUGAGCCUGAGAAACAAAUGUCCCAUGAGAGAGCGGUGAUGACUCAUGACUCAGAGGACGACGAUGACCAACUAGAAAACACUGAGAACACACAAGAACACAACUAUACUGCCUUUGAAGACGACAUGGAUGCUGAUACAGACUCAGAGAGUGCAGACACACACGAAGCACAUGAAUGCUCUCCCAGAUCAGUUUACAGCACUUACAGAUCGGAGCACUCACUCAUUACAGCACGUUCAGAUGCCAGCAUUCACAGACUAUCACAGAGCUCCAUCAGAACCACUUCAAUGGGGACGUUGUCCCACUGCGGCCCAUGUAGCCCAGCACCCUUGUCACUCAUCCACCUGCCUCCUCAGUCAGCACUCCCUCCUGCCUCAGACCCCACCAAAUCUGAACCAGGCAAUGACGUUAAAAGCAGUGAGGUUCCAACUAACCAAACAGACAAAAAAGCUGCAGCGCUGGCUGAAAAGGCCGAGCGACGUCGUCUGGAGGUGGAGAAGAAACGGAAGGAGAGAGAGGAGGAAAAGAAGAGACAGCAAGAAAAGGAGGUGACAGAAGAGAGGAUGAGGAUGGAACUGGAAGAAGAACAGAGGAAGAGAGCAGAGGAAGCAAGGUUACGGAAGAUUAGAGAAGAAGAUGAGAGACAAAGAAGACAGGAGGAGGAGAUGGAGAGACAGAGGAGAGAGCGGGCAGAGAAGGACAGAGAAAGAAGACGACAGGAGGAGAAGAGGAGGCUGCUGGAACGGCUCCAGAGAGAAAGACAGGAAGAGGAGAAACGACAAGCUGCUCAACUGGAACGUCAGCGCUUGGAAGAAGAAGCUCGGAAGGAGGAGGAGCUCAGGAAACUGUCAGAGAUGGAGGAGGCUGAGAGACUGGAGUACCUGCGGAGACGGCAGGAGGAGGAGGAGGAGAGAAGGAAGGCUGCUGAGGAGAGGAGGAGGAAGGAGGAGGAAGCAGCAAUGCAUGCUGAAGAAGAGGCUAGACUGCAGGCUGAACUGUUUGCUAGGCAGAGGGCAGCACUGGAGCAGCACUUAAAGUUUCACAGGGGUCUUUUUGUUGAGGCUGAAGGGCUGGAGCAGACACAGGAUAUUUCUCGGCCCUGGAUUUUCUCCUAUUUCACCCUGUUGAAGCUGCUUGGCUUGGCUGAGCCCACAUCUGAGGACACACUGAAUGAUGUGCUGUAAUUCCUUCAUUUGUGUUCAUGCAGCAAAGUCCCACACCCAGCACUUAUAACUAGUGUUUCAGUUACAGUAUGUGCCAUAUUCUUCAGUAGGUGAACAAUCUGUGUCACAUGUGAAUCAAUGAGUUAAACUGCUUGAUUGCUCAUACGUUCUCAGAUCUCUAACUCUGUCAUCUCAACAUAUCAGCACUUUUGAAUUGUAGAUCUGAAAAAGUCAUGUAAAUUAAUAAAAUAUUACAGCACCAUGGGCAUUUUCAUAAAGAAUAUAUAUUUUUAUGCAUAUACCAAGCGCUAAAAUUCAUUCAGAUAUUGUAGUGGGGGUCAAAUUAGGGUCAAAGAAGUUGAGAACCACUGAUAGAGAGUGAGUAGCGCCCUCUACUGUAUUUUUGUCACAUAGACAAGAUGAAAUGCUCAGGUAUACAGUAUAUGCUCAUAUUUUAUAGGGUUAAUUUUGCACUAUAGUAGAAUUUGAGUAUAUUAAA